UUUAUAGAAAAGCAGGCACUAACUUACUACUCACAAUAACCCACCUGAUGUAAUUUUUUAUUAUUAUUAAUUUAAAUUAUUAAUUAUAUAAAUAAAUAUAUAAUAUAUCAAUAAAUCUUAUCAAGAGUGACAACAAACCUUAUGUACAAAGAAAACAACAAAAUAUUUUCUCCCCGUCGGGGAAUUGAACCCCGGUCUUCCGCGCGGCGCGGCCGGCGGGGAUAGUUCAGCUGAAACGAGCUAAACUUUCCCCAUUCAUUUCCAAUGAGAGCGAAAGGCCACUAUGAAUGUAAUAUACUUUUGUCCGGGGGUGGCGCUGUGGCGUUCAUCCCCACUAUGGAUGUAAUAUACAUUUGUCCAUGAGUGGCGCUGUGGUUGCUUCUGCUCCACCCACCACAUCCAUCCUGAACUUCAGGUAACACAGCACAAUUGCUUUUUCCGAGCGAGCGACGAGACGACGCGACAAAAGCACGGUAAAACUACAGUAAAAAAAAUAUAUUGUCUUUUGCAUUUCAGGCUACAGAAAAAUAUUUUGUCUUUGAACUGUUCUGUUUAGAUAUUUAGUCUUUGAACUGUUCUGUAUAGUGUUUAAAUUGCUUUCAUGUUUCUCUACGUGGGUUUGUGGCGCUAUUGUUCGCUAUUUUCCGACCCCGUAUACCUAUUAUAUGCAUUAGCGACAAUUAUUUGGACAAAUAUAACGAUAGCUCAUAAGACUUGUGUUUUUUUUGUAAGUACAAUGUUAUAGUUGUUCAUGGAUAAGUACAUAUCUGUUAAAUUAAACUCUUAUGAGCUAUUGUAAAGUGAACAAAGAAAGUCAACAAACAAACAUGACUGUAGUUGUUGCGAUACCAUUUAAGUAUGGAUGAUAGUUUAUAGACAUUGCUUUAGUCUGUAAAUGUUCUUGGAAAAGCUCAUAUAUGACAACAAUACAUAUAUUUCAUACAUGUUGCUAUCACAUACUGUAACCUGUACUUGUAUUCAUGGUUUUGGAUAAUAAUACAUUAUAUUAUUUCAUUAUUUCUGUCACUGUAGAGAAAAAAUGAAGAGAUUGUUUUUCCCCGGGCGAAUCAGUGUGGUCUUCCGCAAGGGCCCACUGGGAUUCCUGCUGCAGGAUCCCACCGAGGAGGCCAGGCAAAUUAAGGACAACCCGUCAAGGAGGGACAAGUCUCCUGUUGCACAGCAGGAGGUUGUAAGGCAAAACGCCCUUGCAGUGGUCCGUCAGAGAGGGGGAGAUGCUUCAGACCAAACUGAAGUACUGGGCGAGUACAUCCUGCAGUUUGGGAAGUACAAGGGGAUGUCCUUCCGCUGGCUCCUGGAGAAUGACAUGGGAUACACUGUGUAUCUCAUCCAAAGCCACCAGAGAGAGGAGGCUGCAGGAGUGCUGGUGGUUGACGGGCAUAGCAAGGACAGCCUUCUGUCAUUCCUUCGAUAUGCCCUCAGCUUCAAGGAAAUUAAUACUCUUCUUGAGUAUGAGUCCCUAAAAACAUCUGUGCCCGCCCCAGCAGCAGAGGAUGACCAGCUGGUUGGAUUUGGUGCACGCGCCAGUAACACCUGGAGGGAGAUUUGGGAGAGCAGGGAUGAUGGUUAUGCAGCCUUCAUCUUAAGAAGAAAGUGCGCGACGGGUACAAAAAUGCACAAACUGCAACAGUACCUGCAGAAGCAGCAACAGCAGCCCUCCACCUCUUUUACCAUCGCCUCCACCUGUUCCACCACAACCUUUGCUGAGAGCACGGCUAAGGACGAAGACGAAGAGCUGGAGAAAGCCAUGCUCAGCAUCUCUCCAGCUAUACUCAGUGGAUCUGCUCCACCAACAUUAGAGCUGCUACGGUUUUCAGUCCAAGUGACUGAAUAUGAAUUGAUACAGCCUACGAGAGGACACAGAACAUGCUCCGACUGGCCCAGAUGCACCAGACGAUGCACCAGCUGUGCUGCCUCCAAAGAUUCCAGUGCCUUUCCCACGGGAGUUGAUGUUUCUGCUACCAGAGAAAACAAAGACCAAAGACGAGACCCCACAGCCUGCCCCAGAAACUGCAUGUGCUCCUGGGAGCCCGUAGCCUCCACUCUAUCUGCAUCAGAGCCACAGUCUGCACAGCGACCCCACAACCAACCACCAGUCCCACCUACGGCAGUCCCACCUACGCCUCCACCUCAACAAUUUCUGUCAUUUGACCAGGAGGUCAAUAAGUGGAACUGCACACACCAGCAGAAAAUAUGGAUGAAGUUGGAACUGGAGUCCAUGGGUCUGUGGCCAGGCUCCCGCCCUGUCAACAACCUUCUCCCUGUGGCGCUUACCUCCCCAGCCUGAGCUGAUUGACAGUAUUUAUGAUCUGCCGUCCCCAAAGUAUUUUCAUCUUCAUCCCUUUUUCGUCUGGAAGCCGGAAAAUGACUACUUGAUGGGGCGGCUAAAAAACAACUACACCCUGCCAUGCUCUGGUGACUGUUCUCAGCCACGUGUUGUCUCUGCCGGAGUCGGGAGACCGCGAGUGAUUGUGGGCCUCACUGGACAAUACUACCUGCUCUCAUCCAGGCUGUGCUGUAAGAGCUGCAAUAAGAGGUGGUAUUCCGACAACCCGCUCUGGCUGGAAAAGCUUCCCAAGAGGUUUACCAAUCUGUUGCCAGCGUUACUGACUUACAAGAAGGCCAUCUGUAAGUCAGUACUGGAUGAGUUGAGACGGACUGGAAAAUCACCCACAGACAUGGCAAAUCAGGUCAACGAGAUGUUGCAUCUCAAGUAUGAGCGUGCCAACAUGGCCUAUCUCCUGUGCUGCCAGAAUGUCAUGGAUGGAGAGGCAGGAACUUAUGGCGGCCAAAAGACCAUCACUCAGUUCCUUCGGCAGGAGCGAAAACCGGAGCCUUUUGGGGGCUACAGUGAUGCUGAUGGCUGGAACGGGGUCUCUGUGUCUGCCCACUACCUCACCGACUGCUUGCUGCAUGAGUUCCGGAACCAGAAGGACACCAUUCAGCGGAUGCUGCAGGGUACCUUUGGACAGGCCCUCCGCUCAGACCACACCCGGAAAGUGGCCAAGAAAGUCACCUUUUCAUCUGGUGUCAUGUCGUCAUACGCUGUGAUGAAUGAGAACUGGAUGAUCCUGUCCUGGGUCAUGGUGCAGUCUGAGACGGACAAAACCCUGCGGCCGAUGUAUGAGGGUCUCUCAAACCGCUACAACAGGGCUGGCAUUGAGAAAGCCCAGUUUCAGUGGGUUGACAGAGAUUGCUGGCACCGUACAGGGUUGCAGAGUCUUCGGCGGAGGAACACCUCAACUGGGAUGCAUGGCAAACAACUGACGCAAUUGUUACUGAGGCCACAUCUGGGAGCCUGUUGAAUACAUGUGCAUCAAGAACCUCUUAUAACAACAGUAUCGUCAUCAAGCUGGACUUGUUCCACUGUAUGCGACGGCUUCUUCGUGAGUGUGCCUCAGAACAUCACCCGUUAUACGGCACCUUCGCACAGUUCCUGUCGGCUGCCUUCUCUGUGGUGGACCAGGAAGACCUGCAGAGGCUCCAGGAUGCAUACGUCUUCUGUGGCAUCCAGCCUGCAAAUCCCACCAAGCAGCAUAUUCGUGAGCACUGCAGGAUAAAGAUUCCUCCGCCCGGACGCUUAUUCAGAGAGUGGAAGGGGUGUUGAAGCACUUUCACCUGACCACAGAUCCGAAUGGCAUCCCUCUUUAUAAGCCCUCCAUGCUAAAGAGAUGGAGGAUCCAACGAGUCCACAUUCUGCGCGGUUGCCUCAGUGAUCCUGAGGUGGAAGGGGGCAUACUGUACCGCCGUGGAGGAACGAUACAGUUAAACCACGUGCCAGGUGAGCGUGCAGCAGUCCCCGUCUGGAUCAGAGGCACGUCGCAGCAGGAGGGCUACCACUUUCACCAGGCCAAAUGGGUGACCGGCACGCAGGUCUCCCCAGAGCUGUUCCAGGCCCAGGCCAUGACAGGAGUGUGUCGCUGGAACUAUCAGCGUCUGCUGGACCUGAAACUGCCAGGCGUUUCUCUCCCGCCUGUUUUCGACCCUGCACUGAUAUGCUCCCUGAAUGCUGUUUCCAGACGGGUCUUUGGCGAAGAAAAGUACCCUGCUCUUCGUCUGGCAGCUGAAGACACCGGGGAGAGGUUUGGCCUGGAGUACAGGGAGCCAGAGUGUUGUCCGGUCCCUUUAGACUGGGACAAACAUAAAACCAAGAAGGACCCCGGCCACGCCACAAGUGCUCCUUCUCCAGGCAUCCUGUCUGAUCAGGGAGCAGACCCAGUGCAGCCUUCCUCCACACCUCCCACCAGGCUUUUCAGCUUUGUUCCCCACUCUGUUCACCCUCUUCAAACUGCUACUGCGACUACGUCUAGUCAUGUGGCCCCUAUCCCAGCAUCUGACUUGGACAAUGAAGCUUCUGUUACUGAGCUUCAGCCACAGCCAGAGCCCACAAGAAGAUUGCCCAUCCAAUGUUCUCCGACUGCUGCCCGCACUGGACCAGUGAAGACUGGAGGGAGAGUAUUUGUGUUGGACCACAAGCGCUGGCCGUCUCCAAUGAAGUCGGCAAUUGACGAGCUCCUUAAUAAACACCGCGGGCAUGAGGACAUGAUCAAGCUUGUGGUUCGGGAGUAUGGCACUCUUGUCCACAAGUCCAGCAAAGACCCCAACAGCAUGCUGCAUCCAACAUCAAAAUUGCAUAUUUCCAAAUACAUAAAACACAACAGUAAAUUUCUCAAUACAUCAUCUUCACUAAAUACCAGCCCAGAGAAGCUGCAACAUACACAGCAGCUUUGUCAGUUGCUCAGCACUACCUCUGCUGUGCCUGUCGUGACACUGCCUGCAGCUAUGGUCAUUCCACCAUCACCACCACCACCACCACCUGCUCAUAGCCCAUUGAAGCAGGAGCAACCACCUCCCGUGUCAAAAAAAACUCAAACAAAAACAUGUCUGUGCUGUGGCCAACCAAAAUCAAAAUAUCAAGGGGAUGGGACAUCAAUACAUGACUUUUAUCAGCGGGGCCCUGUCAGAUACUUUUAUUGCUCCACAAAAGUGUUCCAAAAAUAUAGUGUAGAAGGUCUGACAAACCCCAAAAUGCCGUUUCAAGAGUUCAGUCAAACAGAUUUCUUCCAGCGAGAGCUCGAUGAUACAAGAAAGAGGGUGGAGGAAAAACAGCAGAAGAAGAGGAAGAGGGAGGAAUCUCCUCCACCCCCUGUCCGAAAGUGCCGGUUCUGCAGGAUACAGCUAAAGCAGGGUCCGAACAGCCCCCACAUCCACACUGGCUUUCCAGGGCAAGCAGGGAAAUACAUCUACUGCCCUGCCAAAGUCUUCUCUAUCUAUAGAGAGCACGGGAUGGAAAGAGAGAUGAGCUGGAGGGAGUUCCAGGCCUCUCCUUUUUAUGAAAAGGAGAAACAACGACACCAAAAUAAAUGAACAUUUUUUUAUUAUUAUUCAGAGCUUGUUAUUAGUAUUCAUUUUUUUUUUAUCUCUGAGAGUGUUUUUAAGUGUGGCAUGGCAACCUGAUAAAUAAAUAUUCU